AUGAUAGUCCUUCACAUCGCUCUCUAUACUCUUCUCGGCACCUGUUUGACCUUUUCGGUGAUUGAGCUGGGACUUUCAGGCUACGUCGUAUCCUUCUUUAGUGGUACUGAUCAAGAGUGGACCUGGGAUCCUGAUACUGGCUACAACUGGACGACUGUUCACUCCAGUGCGCCGGGGAUCUUGGAUUUCUUCAUCUUCAAUGCUGUCUGGACAAUUCUCGUAUCAGUGGCCGCCGCUGUCCUUCCCUGGUUCUAUGCCCGAAAGGGAGGGGUCAGCCCCAAGCUGAAUACCAUACUCGGCAUCUCAUAUAUCGUUGCCUUCUUUGUCACCUCGAUUUUUUGGCUGGCUUGUUUUGCCGACAUUGCGGCUCGUCUAGGUGGUGGCAUUAGCUGGAGUGACUAUCUGAACGCCAUGAUCGCAUUUGCUGUUCUACUCUGGCUCAUGUUUCUUGCACUGGGCAUUCUCGCCGUUCUGUCUGUGUGCGGCGUACUGGUCUCGGACUGGCCCGGAUAUCAAUCGAUGAGAAAAGGCGCAGUGGAAGAGCAGCCUCAAGGCUCGAUGGUUCCUCCCACCACCAAUGAGGCGAUGACCUUGUAUAACCAGCCACGCACCAGCCAGCCGUCUGAUCGAAAUGCAACACCGGAUAUUAACAGUGUCGAGUUGAGUGCUGACAGCUUGGGUCAUCACGACACUUCGCCGAAUCACGUCCGAUACACUAUUGAUACCGUUGAUGCUGUCGCACACCCCAAUGGCGUCUACUCCAGGCCCAGCACGCCAUUCUGCUCUACCCUCCUAAAUGCUAUGAGCCCUUAA